GAUUUUUCGUUUUAUCGCUUGAUUGAAGUUCUGAAUUUUGGGUUUUUUAAUUUUUGUAGGAGGAUGAGUUGCUUCGAGCUCAAGUCUCUGCCCAUGGGACAGAAAAUUGGACGAGUAUUGCAACUAGGUUCAAGGACAAGACUAGCAGGCAGUGCAGAAGAAGAUGGUGCACCUACUUGAAUUCAGAAGGGAAGAAAGGCGGUUGGUCGCCAGAAGAGGACAUGAUCUUGUGUGAGGCUCAAAAGAUAUUUGGGAAUAGAUGGACUGAGAUAGCAAAAGUGGUCUCGGGCAGAACAGAUAAUGCUGUGAAAAAUCGCUUCUCUACACUUUGCAAAAAACGAGCAAAGACUGAUGUUUCAGCAAAAGAUUAUGACAAUUCAUGGUUGAACCCAAAUGACAAAAGGGUCAUAACUGAGAAUGAAUCUUUUAGGGCUGAGGGAGCAGAAUCAUUAGCACCCACAAAACGUUUAAGAUUUCAGAUAUUAGAUUCUAGAGAAAAUCUCAACCCAAAUAAGAGAUUAGCAAAGCAACCUGUAAUGGAGGAAGUGCAGUUAAGGUCUCCUCUUUCUGUGCUUCACCAAAACAUAAACAACAUUGGUGGAUUGCCAACUCAGCAUCCAGAUAAUAACUCUAAACUAGCAAUCCAUAAUGCUAGCACAGGAACAAGCAAUGAGACCAAGGGAAGUUUUCUCAAGAGAGAUGAUCCAAAACUAAUUGCACUAUUGCAGCAAGCAGAAUUGCUUAGCUCUCUUGCACAAAAAGUUAAUUCGGAGAAUUCCAGUCAGAGCUUUGAAAAUGCCUGGAAGGAACUCCAGGAUUACUUAAUCAAGACUGGGUGCAGUGGCAUUUCUCCGACGACGCCAGACAUGGGGUUUCUGCUUGAAGACUUUGACAGCCUGAUAGAGUAUUUAAAGAGCGAGAGUACAGAAGAGAAACUGUCAUGGAGAUCACUCCACAGGGAACCUUGUUUCUUGGAUUCUCAGGACAGUUCUGAGUGCAGUACAGAAUCGGUUCAAAUAUUUCAAGUUCCUACAAUUGAUAAUUGCCAGACUGAUGACACAAUUUCUAAGCAGAAUGCCAACUUCAUUUGUACUAAAGCAGAUGAGUUAGAUCCAAAAGUAUACAAUUCUAGAGUAGGAGCCUUGGCUCCUUCAGAAGAACUAAAAGAAGUUGCUGGAAGCAUUUGCAAUAGAACAGAUGCAGAGUUUGACUCACCUCAUCAAACAAUACCUUCUUUCAAAUCUCUCACAGAAGGAGUUCCCACCCCAGAAUUUUCAGCAAGUGAGAAGCGGUUCCUACUCAGUGUGCUUGGUGUGUCAUCCCCUGCUCCUGAUCCAAGUUCUGCCCAGCCACCAUCCUGCAAAAGGAUUCUUCUUGAUAGCCUCUGAUAAUCUAUAUGGUAUUCUGUAUAUCUUCCGUUAUCCUCCAUCCCUUUCAAUAUCAUCAUUCUAGAACUUUCUAAAGUACCAUCAUCAUCAUCACUUUCUGUCCUGCCGAUUGUUUUUGAUACUCUCUGCAUGGUCUCCUCUUCACCCAUUUUUAUCAAAGGGUGGUUUUUGCAUGCAUAUAGAAAGUCUGAAGUUUUCUUGCGUGCCACGAGUAGGAAAAUCGUGUUAUGUUGCCUUCCUGUUGUUUGGUGUCAAAUUUAGAAGUAUGGUUUUCGAGUUGUUUCUUCCUAUAGGUUUGCCCCUUUAAAGUCACUUGAUUUGUUAUUUGUUGUAUAUGAUAGCUUCUCCAUAAAUUUCCUAGAGUGUAACUAUACAUGUCAUAUUCACCAAAAGUGGGAAAAAGGUCCUGGAAUGUUCUCUAGGGUAUAUUGUAUCAUACAGAAUAAAGUCUGGUUGGUUGUGUGAAAUCUGUAGCUAUUGGUUCUUAUAUAGGAGAUGAGAGCCUAUAGUUGGUUGUGGUUGCGUGUGGUAUAUGAACUCAAUAUGAGAUUCCCCCUCUUGACAUAUGUGAUAUUAUGUUUGUAAACAAAAAUACAGAAUAAUAUAAAUGCAUGUUUUGCGUGUGAGAUUUUUGCGUAA